AUGCGUUCUGGCGAUCUCCUUAUUCAAACGAAAUCAAAAAAGCAAGCAGAUACUCUGAGUAAACUUACUACCUUAGGUUCAUGGCCAAUAAAAGUAUCUCUUCACAAGACAUUGAAUUUCUCACGGGAGGUUGUCUCGGAACAAUCUCUUGUACAACACUCUGACACAGAAUUAGUGGAAGAAUUACGAUCCCAGGGGGUCUGCGCCGCUCGUCGCAUUCAUGUUCGACGUGACGGACGUUUAAUUCCCACAAAGCAUGUUGUUCUUACAUUUGAAACGCCUGUUCUACCAAAAUUCAUACGUGCUGGAUAUUUGCGGUGUAAUUGCAUUCGUCCAUACAUACCUAAUCCUCUGAGAUGUUACCAGUGUCAGAGGUAUGGUCACUCCCGGCAAUCAUGUCGUGGUAAAAUGGUAUGUGGUAAAUGUUCUUCAUUGGAUCAUGAAACUAACACAUGCGAUUCAGAAAUAUUGAAAUGCCCUAACUGUGCAUGCGCUCAUGCAGCAUCUUCUAAAUUUUGCCCUAAAUGGCAAAUGGAAAAAGAAAUCCUAGCCAUUAAAAUAAAAAACAACAUAACCUUUAAAGAAGCCCGCCAAAUAGUCAAUGAUAGAAUGCCUAAGUCUGGUGUAUCGUAUUCCUCUCUUUUGAAAUCAAAUCCAGAAAACACUAAUGUCGGUUCAACUCAAACCGAAGAAUUAUUAACGAAAAUUGUUUGCCCUCCUCUCAAAAAAUUACAACCUUUAAAAGCCAAUGUAACAUAG